GCAUGGGAGGAGGAGGAGGAGGAGAAGGAUGUGGAGGGAAGCAGGGAACUCUAGUCCACUCUCAGAUAGGCAACGGACUUACCCACACACGCACGCACACACACGCAGGGUUACGCAGAAGGUUGGACACGCACAUGGGCUAGGCCGCCGCCAUGUCGCCGCCCGUGGUCGUGGUCGCCUGCGUGGUGGUGCUGGCGUCGUGCGGGCCGUCGCAGGGCGUGACGCAGCGGGGCCUGCAGGAGCUGCUGGCCCUGGACGCGGUGCUGUGGGACUUGCGGGACGCCCUUGACACCCGCGGUAGCCUCGACACGCUGGCCCCGCUGACCCAGGCCCCGCCAGGCCGGCACAACGGAACGGUGCGUCGUGAUGGAGGCAGCGCCGCGCCGCAGGGGAAGUGGAGCCACGUCCCUCCGGCCCCUGACGUGGAGGGCGCACCACUGGGCGUGGGCGCCGCCCCCAAUGGAACACACGGCCACGCCCAUCGAGCAGCGGGCCGUAGGAAACGCCUUAGUCCCACUCCGCCGACCUUCCGCCCUUAUCCACCUCCCCACCAGUGCCCGCCCCUGCCGCCACCGCCACCCCACCUGGGCCUGUUGGAGCAAGUGCUGUACCAGCUGGAGCAGCAGCAACAACAUGGCUGCCACCAUGGCUGUCCCGGCCACGGCCACCACUGCCCGGGGAGGCCGAGGUGCAACGUGCAGCCCGAGGCCCUGAGGAUGCGCCUUGAAAUGCUGGAGGAGCGGCUGCGGGCGCUGGACGUGGUGGAGACACGGCUCAAGAUCCACAUCGGCCUCAUGACCGCCAUCCAGGCCAGCGACAAGUACCCCGGCCAGCCAGGGGAGCCGGGACCCCCGGGACGCAAGGGCCACCCGGGCUACAAGGGUCUGCCCGGUCCCCCGGGCCCGCCAGGCAACUGCCACGUCACCGGCCGGGCUAACCCCCCCGGGGGGCUGCCGGGGCCACAAGGAGAAAAGGGCAACCCGGGGCCCCCCGGGGACAAGGUCUGCGGCUGUGAUGGGAACGUGGGCGACAUGGGGCCGCCGGGGGCAGACAAGCGAGGACCCCGCGGCCCCAGAGGUCCCAAGGGAGUGAAGGGAGAGCGAGGGCGUGACUUACCUCUCCUUCACGGCUGAGCGGCACGAGGGCGUCGCCGCGGAGGGCUGAUGCUGCCGCCGCCGCCAUCGCCCGCAUGCCCUCCAAGGACUCGUCUGGUGACAGAAAGGCUGCCGUCGUUUGCGCGAAUAAUUUAGUUACUCUUUGUUUCGUUUCGGCUUGACUCGACUUUUAGGUAAUCAUAAACUUUCCCUCAGU